AUGUCUGAAAUUACAUUAGGAAGAUAUCUUUUUGAAAGAUUGCACCAAUUAAAAGUUGAUACCGUCUUUGGUGUCCCCGGUGAUUUCAAUUUAUCCCUUUUGGAUAAGAUUUACGAAAUCGAUGGUAUGAGAUGGGCAGGUAAUGCCAACGAAUUGAAUGCCGGUUAUGCUGCUGAUGGUUACUCGAGAGUUAAGGGUAUGGGUGCCAUUGUUUCCACUUUUGGUGUUGGUGAAUUGUCCUUGACAAAUGCCAUUGCUGGAUCCUUUGCCGAGCAUUGUGCCAUUUUGAACGUUGUUGGUGUUCCUUCAGUCAAUGCUCAAGCCAAACAAUUGUUAUUGCACCAUACUUUGGGAAAUGGUGACUUCACCGUUUUCCACAGAAUGUUUAAAAACAUUAGCCAUUCCAGUGCUUUUAUUUCUGAUAUCAAUAGCGCUCCAAAUGAAAUUGACAGAUGUAUCAGAGAUGCUUAUGUUUAUCAAAGACCAGUUUAUGUUGGUUUACCAUCAAAUUUGGUUGAUAUGAUGGUCCCAAGCUCAUUGUUGGAAACACCAAUUGAUUUGUCGUUGAAACCAAACGAUGCAGAUGCUCAAGAAGAAGUCAUUGAAACUGUCGAAAGACUCAUAAAGGAAGCCAAGAACCCGAUUGUUCUUGUCGAUGCUUGUGCUUCAAGACACUCUUGUAAACCAGAAGUUGCUAAAUUGGUUGAUUUAACCCAAUUCCCAGUAUUUACUACUCCAAUGGGUAAAUCAGGUAUCAAUGAAUCGCACCCUAGAUUCGGUGGUGUAUACGUUGGUUCUUUAUCGCGACCAGAUGUUAAAGAGGCAGUCGAGAGUGCUGAUUUGAUCUUAUCAGUUGGUGCUUUGUUAUCAGAUUUCAACACUGGAUCAUUUUCUUAUGCCUACAAGACCAAGAAUGUUGUUGAAUUUCAUUCCGAUUACACCAAGAUCAGACAAGCUACUUUCCCCGGUGUUCAAAUGAAGGAAGCUUUACAGAAAUUGUUGCAAACUGUCGCCUCUUCUAUCAACCCAUCAUACACACCAGUUCCAGUGCCACAACAAAAGUUGGUUAACUCACCAGCUCCUCCAAACACGCCAUUGACUCAAGAAUACUUGUGGACAAAGGUGAGCUCCUGGUUUAGAGAAGGUGAUAUCAUUGUAACUGAAACUGGUACUUCAGCUUUUGGUAUUGUACAAUCUCGUUUCCCCAACAACACCAUUGGAAUUUCACAAGUGCUUUGGGGCUCUAUUGGUUACACAGUUGGUGCUACAUGUGGUGCAGCCAUGGCAGGUCAGGAAAUUGAUCCAAACAGAAGAGUCAUUUUGUUUGUCGGUGAUGGUUCAUUACAAUUGACAGUUCAAGAAAUUUCGACCAUGUGUAGAUGGAACUGUAACAACACCUACUUGUUUGUCUUGAACAAUGACGGUUACACUAUUGAAAGAUUGAUUCACGGUGAAAACGCAACAUAUAAUGAUAUCCAACCAUGGAACAACUUGCAACUUUUGCCAUUGUUUAAUGCCAAAGACUAUGAAACCAAGCAAGUUAGCACUGUGGGCGAAUUGAACGAUUUGUUCCUGGAUAAGGCCUUUGCUAAACCGGACAAGAUUAGAAUGGUUGAAGUGAUGUUGGCUAGAAUGGAUGCUCCAGCUAAUUUGGUGGCACAAGCUAAGUUGUCAGAGCAAACUAAUGCCGAAAUAUAA